UUAAUAACUCUGCUGCUGUUGCUUCAAAAAAAAAAAAGAAAAAAAAAACUCUGCUGCUGCUGCAUAUCAGUAGAUCAAGAGAAAUCUUGUAAAACUUCAACAAAGAUAAAGAUAUAGACAUGAGAGGUGUUGGAGGACCAUUACUAUGCAUUGGAGAUCUACUCAGUGAUGUAACUGAAGCUUCGGAAAUUGGGGAUCACAAUGAAACCUGUUCUUCUUCCUUAUCACCCACGCCCUCACUUCCUACAGAUUCUCUUCUCCCCCCAUCAAAACUACCCCAAUUGUUUCAGGAAAACUAUAGCCAGUUGAGUGAAGCAUUGGAUGGGACUGAUCACUCAUGGACAGCAUUGACUCUUAAGUUAUGUUCUGCGCUGGAGACUGCUGAUAAGUUAGUGCAAUCAAACAACUCUAACGUCAGAUUUCUGUCGGAGAAAGUUGAAGUUCUUGAGAGUAUUGUGAAGAGAGGAGAUUCUGCAGUUAAGUCAGCUAAAUUCAUACAUGAUAAACAUAGCAAUGAAAGUUCUUCCGUCGGGAAUUAGAUACAAGUAUGAUUUCGGUCUUAAGAAAUGAUGAAUAUCCUACCUUAUUUGAAGCACAAUUUUUGGCUGUGUGGUUGAUUCUUUGUGCCGAUAAAAGACAAACACUGAAGAAAGAUCUGCAAAUGCGGGAUAGCUUUAAGUGGUAAGUUGUUUUUUUUUUCCUUAUUUCGCUUGAUUAUACGACCAGGAAAACUUAUGCUUAGAACAGUUUGUAUUUCUCUUGAAUACUCCUUAACAUCAAACAGAGUAUGAACAUAUCUGUAGUUUGUGAUUGUGUAUUCACUUGUUUUUACAAGGGAAUAUCUUUAGUUUGCAUUUGUAUA